AUGGCAACCAGUCGAGUAGUCCGUUUGCCCCCGUUGCCUAGCAUAAGGGAUUUAAUUAAGUUAUACAAGUUACGCGCCAUGAAAGAAUUGUCUCAAAAUUUUCUAAUGGAUCCACGAUUGACCGAUCGAAUAGUGAAAGCAGCGGGACCAAUCAAAGACGGCGAAGUCUGCGAAGUCGGUCCCGGUCCUGGCAACAUAACAAGGUCGAUCAUUCAAAGAACGCCUUCUCGAGUGGUGGUCAUCGAAAAAGACAGACGAUUUACGCCGUCUUUGGAACUAUUGGCCGAAUCGUCUCCGAUACCGUUGGAAUUAACGUUUGGCGACGUCAUGAACUUCAAUAUGGAAAAAACGUUUAACGAGGCCAAUCUAAGAGAAUGGGAAGACGUAUGUCCUCCGAUACACCUGAUAGGGAAUUUGCCUUUUAACGUAUCGACGCCGCUUAUCAUUCGCUGGUUAAACGCUAUAGCUUCGAGAAACAACGCGUGGCGGUACGGUCGAGUGCGUAUGACGCUGACGUUUCAGAAAGAAGUUGCCGAAAGAAUGGCCGCUCCGAUCAUGUCGAAAGAAAGGUGUAGGCUGUCGAUUAUGUGUCAAAACUGGUGCCGGGUGGAGCAUAAAUUCACUAUUCCGGGUCGAGCGUUUGUACCGAAGCCCGAAGUCGACGUUGGCGUCGUUCGUUUGAUCCCCGUGAAAAAUCCUGUCAUUCCACUGCCGUUCGACGUUGUAGAAAAAGUCGUAAGGUGCGUGUUCAACUACAGGCAGAAGUAUUGCAUCCGAGGAGUGGAGACUUUAUUUCCGAGACCGGUCAGGGAAAAACUUUCUACAGAGAUGUUAAUUGCCGCCGGUAUAGAGUCGGACACGAGACCUUUUCAACUAACCGUCAGCGAAUUCGGCCGUUUGUGCAGUGCUUACGUGGACAUAUGCAAAAGUACACCAGACUAUUUGAAAUACAAUUAUCGUGCGUCCAAAACUAAUGAAAAUUGGCCGCUCGUCGACAAUUUACAAUUCGACGAUCAACAGAAUUUGUCGGAAGAGCACAAGGACGAUUCGAAAAUUUAAUUUCUCUUUUUUCAUGGCAUUUUUAGUGUUCUUAGUUUGUAAAUAAUAAUAAUAUAAUACGUUAAAUACAUUUUUAAAAAUAUUAA